AUGCAGUCUCUCAGGAAAGCAUGUUUAGGGCUUGCAAAGGCUUCAAGGGUCGCCCUUUCAUCUCCCGUUGCGCACAGAAAUACAGUAAAUUAUUUGCCAACGUUGUUUUCCAGCCAUCGUAAAUAUGCCAAGGAAGCAGCAAAGCCCAAGAGUGGUGUCACCCCAGGCCGUGUUGUUGCUGUCAUUGGUGCUGUCGUCGAUGUGCAGUUUGAUGAUGAAUUGCCAUCCAUUCUUAAUGCCUUGGAAGUCCAGAAUAGAUCACCAAGGCUGAUUCUGGAAGUGGCUUCUCACUUAGGUGAUAAUGUUGUGCGUACGAUUGCCAUGGAUGGUACUGAAGGUCUGGUGCGUGGUGAAGUUUGUGUAGAUGUUGGCUCCCCAAUCAGGAUUCCAGUAGGACCCAAAACCUUGGGCAGAAUUAUCAAUGUCAUUGGAGAACCAAUUGAUGAAAGAGGCCCCAUCAAUACUGAACACUAUGCUGCUAUCCACCAAGAAGCCCCAGCAUUUUCAGAAAUGAGUGUCCAGCAAGAAAUCUUGGAAACAGGCAUUAAAGUUGUGGAUCUUUUGGCACCAUAUGCCAGAGGUGGAAAAAUUGGUCUCUUUGGUGGUGCUGGCGUAGGGAAGACUGUGCUCAUCAUGGAGCUGAUUAACAACGUUGCCAAAGCUCAUGGUGGCUACUCUGUGUUUGCUGGAGUCGGUGAGAGGACCCGUGAGGGCAAUGAUCUGUACCAUGAAAUGAUCACAACCAAGGUUAUCAGUCUCACUGAUGACACCUCUAAGGUGUCCCUUGUCUACGGACAAAUGAAUGAGCCUCCAGGUGCCCGCGCCCGUGUGGCUCUCAGUGGGUUGACUGUGGCUGAGUUCUUCCGUGAUCAAGAAGGACAAGAUGUGCUACUCUUCAUUGACAACAUUUUCAGAUUCACUCAAGCUGGUUCUGAGGUAUCUGCCUUGUUGGGUCGUAUCCCAUCAGCCGUAGGCUACCAGCCUACCUUGGCCACUGACAUGGGUAGUAUGCAGGAGAGAAUCACCACAACCAAGAAAGGAUCUAUUACAUCUGUGCAGGCCAUUUUCGUGCCUGCUGAUGAUCUGACUGAUCCUGCUCCAGCCACCACAUUUGCCCAUCUGGACGCAACAACCGUAUUGUCUCGAGGAAUUGCAGAGUUGGGUAUCUACCCUGCUGUGGAUCCCCUUGACUCCAACUCUCGUAUCCUGGACCCUAACGUCGUAGGGGAGGAGCACUAUGCAACAGCCAGAUCUGUACAGAAAAUCCUCCAGGACUACAAGUCACUUCAGGAUAUUAUUGCCAUCUUGGGUAUGGAUGAGUUGUCUGAGGAAGACAAGCUGACUGUGGCCAGAGCCCGCAAGAUGAUGAAGUUCUUGUCCCAGCCUUUCCAGGUGGCUGAAGUCUUCACUGGCUCCGAGGGCAAAUAUGUCCCACUUAAGGAGACCAUCAAGGGCUUCAAGAUGCUUAUCAAUGGUGAACUGGACCACUUGCCUGAAGUAGCCUUCUACAUGGUGGGCAACAUUGAAGAGGUUGUGGAGAAAGCAACAAGGCUGGCAGAGGAACAGUCAUAA